AUGGCUUUUUUGAAUAUCAGCUUCCUCAAUGGUACACCUCCUUACAAUUUGGUCGCGCGUGCUGCUGCAGCUGGCCGGGCGGUGGCGGCGCGCGACGCUCUGUUUGCGGUGGUGACGGCGGUCGGACGGCUCUGGUGGCAGCCGAGGGCGUCGCCCGGGUGCGUGGUGUUGGGCGUAGCGCUGCACUACUCGCUGCUCGCCGCCGCCGCGUGGACCACGGCGGCGGCUGCGCUGCAGCUGCUGCGGCUCGGCACCGUCGCAGGCGCACAGGCACGGGUCCCACACGUGGUGCUGGUGUGCUCGACGUGUUCGUGGUUGUUGCCGUUGGUUCCGGUGGCGGCGCUGAUGGUGGUCCUGGGACUCAGGGCCGGGUAUCCACUGCGCCAGGACAGCGCCUCAGAUUUCCUGUGCUACCCGCAGGGCGCCGCCUUCUACGUCUCUGUCCUACUUCCUGCCACCGUAUGCAUCCUCAUCAACGCAGCCAUCUUCCUCUACCUGCUGUUCACAGUGCUCUUCCCGCUCUGUAGGGGUGGAAGUGGCGUUGUCGUUACCAGACACGGGCCCUCACAGCUGCGGCACCGAUCCCUCACCAUGGUGAUGCUGUUCUUCCUGUUGGGCCUCCCAUGGCUGCUGGGACCACCGGCCAGGGAGCCAGCAGUUGCAUACAUCUUCAGCAUCGUCGCCACGCCGCAGGGGCUAAUGCUGUUCAUAUUCUUCGUGCUGUGCAACGAUAAGCUGCGCAGGCGCCUGAACAGCACGUUACUGUCUACUCUGCCUACAUCCAGCAGCCCUCUGAGGCAUACCAUGCGGAAGCAAAAGACAGAGACGCCAGGUGGUGCGGACAUGUCGCUGCACACAUUGUCUUCAGGUGUGCCGGCAUCUGCAGACGGCAGCGUCCGAAGUCGGCGACGGCAGUUAGAGUUUCCUCUGCAGGAAAGACCCCUUGUGUUGCUGACGCGCUACACUGUCUUGGGCGAAGAGGGCCAGGUGCGAUACACUUUCGACCUGAGCUCGUGGUCCCCAGACGACGGCAAUCCCUUUGAUGCUGCCUACAUGCCAACCUCUCAGGAUCGGCGCUCUGCCACCAAGUACGUCUUCCCACAGACGCAAAUGGACCAGGAAGGCGAAAAUAGCAACUAGUCAGGCAUUGUACCGUUUAUUCGACCUCUACUCAUAGAAUU